AUGAAUAGAUUUACCUAUUCUCUAAAUAAUUAUUAUAAAUCAACAUCAUCAUCAUCACUAAAAUGUUAUAAUAAUAUAUUAGUUGGUAGUCUAAGAUUUUAUAGUACAACUCAUUAUCAUGGAAUAAAAUUGGCUGGUAAUAAUAAUAAUAACAACAGCAGCAGCAAUAAUAGAGAUGGUGUUUCAGAAAGAAGAAACUAUCUAUUGGGAUUAUCAGAUGAUCAAUUAGCAGAUAGAUUGAUAGAGAUGAGAAAGUCUUUGGAGAAAAGUAAAGAGCACUUGGAUGAGAUUGAAAAGAUAUCAAAGUUUUUAAAUAUACCGCUGGCCGAUGUUGUUUCUUCACCUUUUAAUCUUAGAUCGUCGAUUUUAGCAAUGAAUGCAGGUGUUUCUUUUAGUCAUCACGAGCUUCGUAAAGUGAUUACGCCAAUGGAUGACUAUGAGAGGUUGAAGCGCAAAGAGCAGUUGGAGCGACAAUCAAAGUCACCGACUAGAUCACGUGGUAUGACAGCUUCCACCGAACAAGAGCUGGCGGUAAAGGCAGAGCAGGAUGAACGUACCUGCCAAGAGUUGAUGAAAACAGCACCUCAAUGGGUGAUGGGUGAGUUGGAAAUGCCGAAAUACUCAAGUUUCCACCAGGAGGAUCAGCUCGCCACCUACAAUCCUGCCCACGUGUCAAAGUGGACCGCACAUGAAAUGAUUCACAGAUGGUGUCGUUUCUAUUGGUGUUCCGAUCAGACAAAGUAUCAGAUGUAUUUGGGUGCGAAGCUGAACGAACUGCUGCCAGUUAUUCAUUGGCAUGCGUUGGAAUUGUUGGAUUGGUCCGAUGACGCUAAUGUGAAGGAUGUUGCCAAGCGAAUUAAAGGAGCAAUUAGCUAUUUCAAUGGCGAAUUGGAGUUGUUGGAACAAGAGAUUUUCAAAGGAUUGAAUUCGUUAGACAAACAUGGAGUGGAGGCAGACGACCUUAUGCAUCAUCCAACGGCUGUUCUCGAUUGGAGCCAAUUGAACUCUGUCACCGACACAAUGCUAUACGUGAAAUCACAUCACUCCAGAUUGCAAUCGGAGCCAUUCGUUACAGUAUUGGAGGCACUCUCGAAAAUCAAUGGAAAUCAACAACAAUACUUCAUCGAUACGAUCAGAGGCUAUCGAGCAUACAUUGAAAAGUGUUUCGACCAAUUGCUAUUCGACACACUGGAGCUGGAUACAAAGUUAUCGUUACAAAACAGAGAUAAUAGGUUGAAGGUUGAUUUACUGAUGAGAGAAGCAAAUCGUCAGUUCCAGGUGUACUAUCAAUAUGGUAUGAGUGGUGACAAGUCGGCAGCGAGUGACCUUUCACGGUUGGAACAUCUCUGUAGAUCACUCCAAAAGAAACCGACCAAAGAAUUCAUGCUGGAGGCGAAAAACUAUUUAAAUCCGUCUAUGCUCGCCAACGGUUUCAAUAUCAAUCAAGAUCCAAAAGCAGAGUUGCUCUCAUCGAAACAGGUUCACGAAGGUCUGAUAUCAUGUAUUCCUGCUACAGCCACAAUGAUAGAAUAUUGUAUUGAAAGAAAGCUUUUAAUGUUGCCAAACAUCCAAUCAAUGGAUGAACUUAUACUUCAUUUUUCCAACUCAACCUUUUUCUACCAGAGAAAGUCGAUUUCCAACAGAUUUAAUCAAUUUUUAAACUCUCUAACAGAUACAUUACCAAUUAUUUUUAAACAUUUAAUAGAUUUUGAAAAUUUAAUAGUUCAACAAACAAAAGAUUCAAUGGAUUAUUGGAUUGAAGAAUUGUCUGUUUCCAUAGAUGAGGAGUUAGAUAGUGAUGAAAUGGCUUUGUUUACAUUCAUUCCAUCGAGAUCUUACAGAAUUAUUGAAAUCAAUCAUUCAUUACUCUCACAACUACAUAAAACAUUUUCAGAGGAUAUCGAUGCCAAGAUUCAAGAGUUGGAAGUAUCGUAUAAUAACAAAAAAAUCAUUGAGAGAGAAAUUCAAAAGUUACACGAUGGUCUUGAAAAGUUGGUUUCACAGUCAUUCAACCAGGAAAUAUAUGACCAUCCAACGAUUUAUUUGGUUGGAUUGUUCGACGGUCAGUUCUACUCACUGGACAUGCUUUUCGAGUGGAAAAAGAUAUGGAAUUUCUUGAAAUCCAAUGAGAAUGGAUUGAAGUACAACGAUCUUAAAUCACAUUCCAUCAAACUAUUCGAAGAGUCUGGCAAGAAGUUCAACGAAAAAGAAUUUAUAUCAACACUACUCGAGUUAAAUCAAUAUGGUGCAGUUGGAAUGUUUCCAGAGAUAGAGUAG